AUGGUUAUAAAUGAGUUGAGUGUGAUUGAGUUGACUCGGCCAGGGUUACACUCAACGAUUGGCCUCUCCGCUCCUUCAUCGAUCCGUCGGUUCAAAUCGGCCGCUUUUUACCAUUUUACGCUCGAAUCUUUUGUUGUAUUCGAGGGCUCGUUUCUCACUGUGUAUGACCGAUUCUAUGUUUAUUUUAUUCAUUCGGCGGCGCUCGUCUCGUUGGCGCGUCUUUGCGCCUUGUUGUUCUCGCUUCUUCAUCAUCAUCUUUUUCUUCUUCUUCUUCUACGUCUUUUCGAUCUUCAACACCGUUCGCCGUCUGUUUGCUCGAGUCUCGUCUAUUAUGUUUUGGGCUUGCGCUUUGAGACGCAGAUCAGCACGGAAUCUUCUUCUCGAGAAGUUGGCCUCGACUUGUACGUACGCCGCUUCGAAAACUCUAUUUUUAGAGUUCUUCAGGCCUUUAUAGUCUGUUCAUCGCGGGGUCGGGACAAAAUACUAACAAAAGAAGUCUUCUUCGACUAG